ACUGCCGAAAACACUGCCGUCGACGACGACGAUUUCGAAACUGUUCGGUCAGUGCGAUGAUGUACUGUCGGCGUAGAGGGAGUAGCUGAAGCCGAAGAACGAAAACGCUCCGCACUGUCGCGCUCCCUUCGCAUCCGCGGCCGUGUCGGUGAGGAGGAAUCCCCUCCGAAGUGCUUUCCUUCGCCCUCCGCGUGUGGUGUAUAAAAGGCGGCCGAGCGCCCUUUGAACACCGAUAAGACCGGUUUGAGGACGCGGAGUGCUUCGCGAGUCUCACUCGAAGCGUUUUGCGGCGUGCGCUAGACGCUUCCUUCCGCCGCCGUUGUGCGACCGAUCAGUUGAAACGCGUGUUUCUUUCUGUUGCUGUGUGCCGGUCCCCGAAGUUUCGUCGUCCGCAAGAAAACGGCGAUGGCAUUCCGCACUUCGAUGUGCUGCCUGGUGUUGGUGGUGACGAUUUUACCCUGCCUCGGACUACACAACGGCGUGGCCCGUUAUCGACACUUCGAUGACUACCUGCGGAAUAUGGACUCUGAGGAACGGGCCAUAAUCACCGACGAAGCAAGUCCAGAGGGCUCUGACAGCAGAAGCGAUGCAGAGCGAAGCAUCACGACGAUUCCGCCUACAACCACGAGCUGGGAGAACCAGCGGGACAUCACGUGCUGCAUGCUGGGCCAGAUCGCCGGCGACAAGGGCUACCACUGCUUUGCCAAGUUCUAUGCAGCGCGCCUCCGGAUGCGCAACAGGAACCGGGCUCACAACCGGAAGAUGGGCUUCUACGGCCGAAACCGGAUUCCGGACUACGGUCACCGGCUUAUGCGGACCUUCGAGCAGUGCGUGGUGGGUGACCACGGCACCCUCUUCCACAAGUGUUGCCACAUGGUAGCGCUCGAACGCCGAGACCGGGUUCGCUACGACACAUCUGCGUCGUCUGCUGGGAGAAGCCACUCGUCUGCUGCCGAGCCGGAGUCUUCUGCGAGCCAGCAGCAGGGAGAGUCGUCUGCUCCCCAACACGAACGCGAUAACAACCGCUAUCACCACCCUCACCACCGCCAGCACAGGACGCAAGAAGAAGCCGAAUCUGUGGAAGUCACCACGACGACCACGGAAAGCCCUCGUCACCAGAGGGUCCACCAUCAUCGUAACAGCGAUGACAACGUCAGCACAGACACUGAAAACAGCAGACGGUAGAAAACAACAAGCAGCGUGGUCCAGACGACUGCAUUUCUACGAAGAGUGGUCGAGAUCAAGUCGUUCCUUGUAGUGGUUACCGGGGGAUUUCUUUUUGUGUUUUUUUCUCUCCAUGCAAAGUUGUUCAGAGAGAAAUCUCUACAUUCGAGCCAAACGAAAAUACUUAACGAAAGCAGAUGCCGUAAUCGAUAUAAGUGCUCGCGAUAUGAGCUUCGUUUUGCAUGAAAUGGUUGGAAGUACGUGUGCCAAAACGGAUAGAGUGGUGCUCAGAGCACCGAGAGGCAUAACAUGGACAAAGAAGGGCACAUAAUAUUAGUGCACAAUAUUCCAGACCUUGCAAGUGGUACAAAGCCUUAUUACUCUAUGCAUUGUAAAGACUAGUUCACAUGCCAAGAUUGGCACAAUGCAGCACUAAAUAUGUCAGUGACGUUGUUCGCUGUAGGGGUUACAAACUUGUCUUCUCAUUUUUGUUACCUGCGUCAGGUGCGCUAAAGAUGUCAAUGACCUUUCAAUGAGAGCAGCAACGGUGCGAGUGGUUACAGAACUGCAUUCCGUGUGCACUAAUACGGAACCUACAGACUUCGUCGCGUGUCUUCUGCGAUAACUUUGCCUAACCCGUAUCCCUAUGAAGAAAGGUUGCCACCACAUAUGCAAAUAUCUUCUCUAAGGGGCCAAAGUAUCUGAGAAGAAAUCUAAGUUAAUGUAAAAAAAGGAAAAGAAAGAGCUUUCAGUUUGCCAAGCAUUAGGUUUGCAUUGGAUUCCGCUUACAUGUGCAUGUGUGAGCGAACAGCUUGGACAAAACGUACAGAAACAUGCUUGUAAGGCAAAAUUUUGAUCGCAAUACUCUGAUAAUUGCAAUUUUUUGCCAUGCCUUCUUUCUUUGCUGGAGGAAAGGUCCUUGGACUUGGUCCACAGCACACGAUCUUGCAGACUCAAAGCGGAUCAUAUUUCCUCGACCCUCUGCAAUUUUAUUUUCUGUGCAAAGUGUAGUGAACUAGUGAUGCCACUGUACAAAAUCGCUAUGAUGACCGUGUCACUAAUUCUUCCACUGAAACCCUCCUUACUCACACGCGAGGGCGCACUAGUUCAUUGUGGCUGAAGUUGCUCUGAAAAUGUGACAGUUUCUCUUAGACGAGCUCUGGCAACAUUUCUUAUUCUGUAGAUAGGCUGUGCAUAAUUGUUGCCAUUAGCAAGUACUCGUUAGUGUUGUGGUUAGUUUUGUCAGUGUUAAAGGAAGAAAAAGCGAGUGCACAUUUUUCUGGUUUACAUUGCUUGAGCGUUGCAAAAGCGUUACAUUGCUUCAGUGUUGCAAAAUCUCGAACGGAUCAACUUGCUUCGCCUGUGAGGGAUCGUCUUUGUAAACGCUGCAACAUCACGAGCGCGCAUGUAGUUUUGUUUAUGAAAUAGUAGUACUUUAGCGUUCAUCAUCUGCCGUUCUAUUUUAUUCACAAUCAUCAAGAAAAAAAGAAACGCAUAUAUAUAUAUAUAUAUAUAUAUAUAUAUAUAUAUAUAUAUAUUUCUUUCACAUAUUUGUUUUGUUUUGUUUUUAUCUUCAGUUUCACCGAAUAAGGCGCUGACUUAAAGGUUUCACAAGUGUUCAUUUCGUAUACAUGUCUGACAUCAUCCAAAGGUGUACGCCAUUUAAAACUUUCAAAUAUUUAAUUUUUUUUUUCGUUUUAAUGCCCUACUAAGCGUCAUUUCUGCGUUUCUGUUUCCACGCAUUGGAACGCCUAUUUUACCUGUAGGAUGCGUAUUAUUUAAACAUUUCUGUGUGUACGAGCUAUAUGAUGCUGCCUAGAGAGGUACGGUGUUGCCUAUAAUGUUAAAGGGAACCACUAAUUACGAUCCGGAGCAACAUAACUGGAAUGUCUCAUUGACCCCAUAGGGAGAAAAGUGCUGGAUGCGACGCUUUAGGUUGACCUAUGUUGGUAAAAAAUUGUUGCCUAUGCCUUCUUGUGUACACUGAGCUGUAAUUAGUCCCAAAAUAUCCAUUUGGUGUUCCCUUUAACACUGGGCCAUGCUGUACAUCCGCAUCGCAUAUGCCUCUUGUUUCUGUGCUUUUGAUGACUUAGGAUGCAGUAGUUUUGGUAACUUGGAAUCUUUGAGACGGUGGAAUACUCUUUGGAAACCUACGUAGCAAGCAAGGGCGAAACACUCGCUUCGAAUGUAGGCAUAAACAAACUCUCUCUUGUGUGUUUUACUGCCACAUAUGAUUACCGCGAAUGGAUCGAGCGGAUUUUUCAGGAGCUGUACCUUUGACAACUACGCCAAAUCAAACAAAAACUGACGACUUGGCAAUGUUUAGCUCAUCUGCUUUGAAUGGUGAACUCAUCACUGGAUAACACACCUUGACGAAAACACGCAUGCAAAUGCGUAGUACAGCAUUAUUUUUGCACAAAUGUAAAUGUUUGAAUAUAUCCCAACAUGAUAGUACACGUACACGUCAUUUCGGUGGUACAGAAACGCCAGGUUCUCUAGCAUUUACGCGUCUUUAGAGAUUGUGAAAUUUGCCGUUAUUGAGUUUCUUUCUCUCUUUUUUUCUUUUUUUGUUUUUGGACAGUAGGAAUGUCUGUGUGUAAUAGACUUUUGUUCCCACCGAAAUCGUUAUCCACCUCCAAAGUGACCACUUAAGAAGAGUAUUGCCUUGUUCACGGGGGGCUCUUUGAUUAUUUCAAACUGCGCAAAUGAAAAUCAAUUUUUUUUCUUCAGACUUUACUGCGACUUUUUAGACAAUUCGACGGCAGUCGCAUAACGUAUUUUCUAUCUCAUAUCAUAUCAACCACGAACUCACAUCCAUCACUAAAUGAUAUUUCUCGUCGCUAUACGGCGCAUAUGUUCUGUUAAAACGACCUUGUAUUAUCUCUCGGAUAUUACAUGUGUAUCGCUGCUCUAUAGAAUACUGGGCCAUAUGUAGCGAAUGUUAAGCCUGUGUUAUCUCUUAAACAAUGCACGUGUAUCGCUGAUACAGAGUACUCGGUAAGAAAUAAUGAAUGUUAAGCCUAAGUUCGCUGAGACUCGAGCCUGUUUCGAUGUCUUGAACUGUUUACUCUGACUCAAUUUUUCUUUCCUUAACUCGUUUUUUAAACUAAUAAGUGGAAAAAAGUAUGUGCGAAAUAACGCGUAAUAUGACGUAUUACGCGGUCUUCCUUACCUCCUUAAUGGGACGCUAAACGGAAAUAUUGAGUUAGACUGUAAUAAUAAAUUCGUAUACUGCAGCAGCAGAAAGGUCAGUCUUACCGUUACAGGAUCUUUGGUGAUCCAGAAAACAUGCCAAAACGAAAGACGGCUAGCGCACCGCGCUGAAGUUACCGCACUAGCCCGCCGUGACGUCAUUGAUUCUGACGUCUGCUCGGGCACUGGUUAAUUUUUUUACCGGUAAAAGUGGGCUUUACAUUAUAGCCAAAUACAUAGCUUAGGAAGUUUAGAGAACAGUCUACAGCGUCAUAAUGGCCUAAAUACGAAAAAGAAAAAAAAAACAAUUGAAAUACGUGACGUCACUCUGACGUAACCGCAGUGAGGUAUCGGCGCCAACUUAAAAAAAAUGAAAGUGAAGCCUUAAUGAUUUUUUUUCUUCUAGUAAUCACCCUUAUGCAAUGAAAUCAACGAAAAAUAGAGUUUCACAACGCUUUUUAAUGAGUCGAAACUCAUUUAGUGUUUCUCUGUAUUGUCCCUUUUAAUGUCUCGGCGGAGCGCACGGCUGCGUCGAUGUAUUUAUCUAGUCCUUGAGAUAUACGGAAGCGGCGAGUGGCAAAUUACCAGCUCGCUUCGGUACACGCGCAGGUAUGAAGGGGCGUGUAACGGCCGGGGUGAAAUCGGCGAGCUACGCAUAGCGAGUCUAACGACCGAGAAUGGGGCUCUUUUUUUUUUUUCUCGAUGUUGAAAUCGCGUUGGUUUCCUGAACCCAUCCGCCGGCGCGAACGCGUCCCGUGUCGUGCAUAGUAUCGCGAAUGAACGAGAAACCAGCAAACUGACGCUUACACAACGGAAGAAGGAAAGGGCGGGACGAGCGCUAGACUUACAACUGACUUUAUUUAAGGCGAAAGCCUUAAGUGCCUCAUCAGACGGUGGCCUUGGGAAACGCGGCGUGCGGUACAGGAAGUCACGUGAACUCGCCUCGCGCACAGACGCGCUCGUGCCACUCAUCGCGCGUUCGUCGUCGUCUUCUUCCACAGCUGGCUCCGAUGUCGCUCAUCAUGCCAAAAAAAGGCAAAGUUAAUUAAGAUGGGUUUAAUUCAGACACUCGAACCACGACCUUCGUGGGAGUCGCACCCUCGACCUUUGGUGUUCAAUAGGGCGAGCUUAACUAAAGCACCGUUAAUUAAGGUGGCGUCGAUUAAGGCACUCGAAACCGCGACCUAUGGCGGGAAAAACAAGUAAUAAGAAGUAACGCAUCCGAAUGAGAAUGACGAAGUAAUUUAAUGAAUGUCUCUUGAGCGCGCAGGCUUUCGCUUUCACUCUCAUUGGCGUAUGCUAAAGCGGCUGUCACUUUUUUUUUUUUUUUCUUGAAUGGUCUUUCGCAGAAAAAUCGACGCACGCGCAACACCAUUUGGGAAGGAAUAAAAGUAUGAGUGUGAUCCGUUGCCAAGACAAUUGCACUAUUGUCCUGUUCAAAAUAACGAUGGGGCGCUCACGCAUCUUUCGUGACCCAACAUUUUCUGACGUGAUCCCCUUCGACAAUCGACGCGUUCGCGCUGUUUCAUGUCGUAGUCCCGUCCACCUUGUGUAAGCGUCCGUUCGACGGUUUCCUGUUCAUGCACGAGUAUGUGCCGGCUCGCCCAGCAAGAAACCUUGCCGUAUAUAGUUCUACGAAACAGACUAUCGUCACUUCGCUCUCACUGGCGUGACCAAAGAAACAUUCACUUCGGUGCGGUUUACCGGGCGCUGCUGCUUCUAAAAUAUUAGCGGCGGUUCACGUCCUCUCUCUCUGUUUUUUUCGAGGCAUCACUCAAUAAAUUUACUUAACACAUAUGUGUGCAUGGCAGGUUGAGAAUCGGGAAUUUUUUGCGCACCUGCAAAGUUUUUCUUUUGAACGACAGCUAUGGUCCUGGCGUUAGUAUAGACGCAGCUCGCAGUCCGCUUCUCCGAGGAGCUGGUGUCGGUUCUCUUUGUGGGUUAAGCUGCAUUGAACCUUCUGCUCGUAGCCAAACGAUGCCAUCGGCGCAACGACCGCGUUCUAAUACUCUCCGCACUUAUUUCCGUAAUAGUCGUGAAUGGCAUAAUAGCAUCUCGUAUUACGGACCGCCAUAAACCACGACGGGGCCCUCCUGAGCAAUUUAGGCCUCCUCGUCAACUCGUAUGUACAGACGAUGCAGACGAAGCUGUUUCCAGCCUGGCCAUUCUAAACUAGAUGUCGUUGUACUCAUCGGUCGGCUUGGCCCGGACCACUGUGCCGUCGAAGCACUCACGUGACUUUUUAAGCACGUGACGACAGCCCAAGGUUACGUCCAAGGACUCAAAUAAUGUCUGUGUUCCGAGGCUUUGCUUACAAAAUUGCUGCUCCACAACUGUAUGCAUCGUAGUUUGUGUGCCUGUUUUGUAUACAUAUUAUAUAUAAAUUUAUAUAUUGACUGUUGUGUGUUGUAUUUCAAUGAGUGCGAAAGAGUAGUGUUUCUUUUCUUUAUUUGUUUGUUUUAAAACUUUUUAUUUUAUUUUUUUCACUAUGGCAAUAAAAGAAGUGCCGGCAAAAA